CAUGCGCCGCGCGUUGGACUCGGUCACGUGGCUUCUGAGGGGGCAACAGAAAGCACGUGUGGAAAGGGGUUGGCGCGCUCUGCGUGUACUUUAUCGGUGUACUUUACCUGAGAAUUAAAGAAAAUGCUGCGUGGAACUUAGACAAUGUAGGCUCAUCCACUUAAGCUGGCUGACCGGGUGGAAGUGUAUUCUCCAAUCCUGUUCAUGCUGAUAUGUAAGGUUGUUUUUAUCUCUUUGUAGGCUUCUUGCUAUGAGUAACCCGAAGUUAAAGAAAAGCAAUGUGAUAGAGGUCAAGUUUGUGGCAGAUGAGGAUGUCCUAAAGCACAUUUCUGAAGAUACAGGUCAUAAGGUUCGAAAGAACAAAGCUGCACAAACGCUUGAUGCAAAAAGAUGGGUGAAGAAAACAGACGAUACUUCAGAUAAUGAGUCUCAGGAAACUUUUAAAGAACAGGAAUAUGUUUCUGUCCUAGGCAUCCAAGGCUCUUUGAAAAAUGGCUCCAGUGCAGGUGGCGGGGAUGUCUUUCCAUUCCAAACUCCAAAACGCUCUAACAAGAUGGCAGAAAUGGCCUCUGAGCUAGCUCAGACAGCAGGUAGCAAUGUAAAACAUGAGAAGCCGAAGGAUCCUGAAAAGGGAGCAAGCACUCCUCAAAGCAGCAAGAAGUAUUCUGCUUCAAGCAGAGGCAAGGUGGAGCAGAGUAAAAAGAAUGAAUUCAUGUCAAAAACACCCUACAGACUCAGGAAAAGAAUUACGGCUUUAAACAUGUGCUCUGAUACUGAAAGUGAUUAUUCCACUUCAUGCUCCGAAGAAGAGGAAGAUGACAGCUGUAAAGAAACUACAGAUUAUGCUGUUGAUCCAAAAAUGCUGGCCAGACCCCAGACAUCAUCUGCUCCAGCUAACAAAGAAACGCCAGCUAAGAAGCUGAAGAGAGAAGUUCCUAGUAAUUUGGUGGAAGAGUAUUUUGAAGCACAUAGCAGUUCCAAGGUUUUAACUUCUGACCGAACACUUCAGAAGCUACAGAAAGAGAAAAUGGAUCAGGAGUCCCUGCAGAACAUCUUGAAUAAAGUACCUGUUGCUUUUGCUUCUGAAUGUGAGGCAUUAACCAAGCAACAUGAAUCUCUCUUUUACAAAUGGAUGUUGCAACUGCACCUAGGAUUCAAUAUUGUGCUAUAUGGAUUAGGUUCAAAGAAAGCUCUGUUGGAGAAUUUUCGCAUUUCUCUUCUGCAAGAUUCUGUUCAUAUUGUUGUGAAUGGGUUCUUCCCCAGCAUCACCGUGAAAUCGAUUCUUAAUUCCGUAACAGAGGAGGUGCUGGAUCACGUGGGCACUUUUCGCAGCCCCCAGGAUCAGCUGGACUUGAUUGUGAAAAGAUUUAAAGAAGAUCCUUCGCUGGAGCUCUACCUGCUCAUCCACAACUUGGACAGUCCAACAUUGAGAGGAGACAAAAACCAACAAAUCCUAGCACAACUGUCAUCUCUUUCUAAUAUCUACCUCAUAGCAUCUAUUGACCAUAUUAAUGCACCACUCAUGUGGGAUCAAGCAAAGCAAAGCAUGUAUAAUUGGUUGUGGUAUGAAACGACCACUUACAGUCCUUAUGUAGAAGAAACAUCCUUUGAGAACUCCCUCUUGAUACAGCAAUCCGGGUCUUUGGCUUUGAGCUCUCUCACUCAUGUUCUGCACAGUCUCACUCCUAAUGCAAGGGGGAUUUUCAGACUUUUGGCAGAAUAUCAAUUGGAAAAUAAGGAUAACACCUCAUACCCAGGACUUUCCUUCCAAGAUUUCUACCAGCAAUGUCGGGAAGCAUUCCUGGUCAAUAGUGACCUAACUCUCAGGGCUCAGCUCACAGAAUUCAGGGAUCACAAGCUCAUUAGGACUAAGAGGGGUGCUGAUGGAGUUGAAUAUUUAUUAAUUCCUGUGGACGCUGGGACCUUGACUGACUUUUUACAGAAAGAUAAUGACAUUUGAAGGCUCUGAAAUGUGCAGUAGCAAUUGCUCUCAAGAGCUGCUGGAAUACUGCCUACAGUGUAGUCAAUUUUCAGAUCUCAGGAGUUUUUAUCUGCCUGUAAUAAUUGAGUAAAGCAUUGUUUGUGCAAAGCCAAUUUUUAGAUAUAUCUAAAACUGCUUAGGUUUUCCACUUUGGAUGACGAUUUCCUCCUUUGUAUUCCAUUACAAAGAAAAUGUGACAUAGGAAUGUGCCUUUCUGCUCAUGAAGUAACUUGUGCUUGGAAAAUACACAUUGUUGGCUGUUAGCAGCUUAAGUUUUUCAACAAUGAAUGAGUAUGUCAUAUUUACAGACUACCUUAUUGGUUUUCUAAUAUGUGCCGUGUGAGAUGGAGAGGUGCCUGUACUUGGGCAAAGCAAAAUACAAACACCAGAGACCCAGGUUAUUUUGGACAAGUUUGUUGACGUUUUAGCCUUCAUUGGUAUACAAGCCAUUGUAAAGUUAAUAAUAAGCUGGCACCUGUCUCUGCAAUGUAAAGAAAAUGGCAGCUAUGCUGAUUUUUCAAACCAACUUUCUUAAUGAUAAUGUCAGAAGUAAUGAGAGAUAGUAUUUGGGGUUUUUUAAAAAAUCUGAAUAAAAAUGUGUAGUUGUGCAACAGUGGGUUUUUUUUUGUAUGGUUCUAAAUAAAACACAGUUUAUGGUC